CGUGCAACUUUGACGUGAACGGUUCGCCGAAUUCCUGGGAAAGAAAUCCAAAAGCACGCCGUUUCAGAGUGCAGUGAAAUUCGACUUAGCGGUGUUCUUUCUGCCUACCAAAAAAAAUUAAGAGGGAGCGUGUACAGAAACAGACACAUAGGAACCGUGUGCAUUUGUGUCCCCAGAUCUUCAAUCAAACUGCUGUCAAACGGAUCUAAAUUGUGUAAAGUGCUGAAGCGGUGAUUUUUUGACACUCGCAUUCCCCUUUGGAGUCCCAAGGACAACAAGGAUAAGCGCAGGCCGCUUUUUGUGAUUUUUUUUUGGAAAUCUACACUCGGAUCAUCAUGUUCAUACCGCGAGCCCAGUCCGCCUUCAAAGCGCUGCGCAGUGCGCAGCCGCGCGUGCGCCUUUACUUUGUCAGCAAGAAUGCCUACUCGAGUCAGGUGGAGUACAAGCCCAUUCGAUCGGUGCUGGUGGCCAAUCGCGGGGAGAUCGCCAUUCGUGUCUUCCGCGCCUGCACAGAGCUGGGCAUCAAGUCGGUGGCUGUGUACUCGGAGCAGGACAAGAUGCACAUGCAUCGCCAGAAGGCGGACGAGUCGUAUCUGGUCGGCAAGGGCCUGCCACCGGUGGAGGCCUACCUCAACAUUCCAGAGAUCAUUCGUGUGUGCAAGGAGAACGACGUGGAUGCCGUGCAUCCCGGCUAUGGCUUCCUCUCCGAGCGCAGUGACUUUGCCCAGGCCGUGAUCGAUGCUGGCCUUCGGUUCAUCGGCCCCACGCCCAAGGUUGUCCAGAACAUGGGCGACAAGGUGGCAGCCCGUGUGGCGGCCAUCGAAGCUGGUGUGCCCAUUGUGCCCGGCACAGACGGUCCCGUCACCACCAAGGACGAGGCCCUCGAGUUCUGCAAGAAGCACGGACUGCCAGUCAUCUUCAAGGCGGCCUACGGUGGCGGCGGACGUGGCAUGCGUGUGGUGCGCAAGAUGGAGGAGGUCGAGGAGAAUUUCCAGCGUGCCAGCUCCGAGGCAAAGGCUGCCUUCGGAAACGGCGCCAUGUUCAUAGAAAAGUUCAUCGAGCGUCCGCGUCACAUCGAGGUUCAGCUGCUGGGCGACAAGGCCGGCAAUGUGGUGCACCUGUACGAGCGCGACUGCUCGGUGCAGCGUCGCCACCAGAAGGUGGUGGAAAUCGCUCCGGCUCCCCGCUUGCCCCUGGAGUUGCGCGACAAGAUGACAGACGCGGCCGUGCGUCUGGCCAAGCACGUGGGCUACGAGAACGCCGGCACCGUGGAGUUCCUGUGCGACGAGUCUGGCAACUUCUACUUCAUCGAGGUGAAUGCCCGCCUUCAGGUGGAGCACACGGUCACGGAGGAGAUCACCGGCAUCGAUCUGGUGCAGUCGCAGAUCCGCAUUGCCGAGGGCAUGACCCUGCCAGAGCUGGGCUACACCCAGGAGAACAUCAAGCCCCGCGGCUAUGCCAUCCAGUGCCGUGUCACAACCGAGGAUCCCGCCAACGAUUUCCAGCCCAACACCGGACGCCUGGAGGUGUUCCGAUCGGGCGAGGGCAUGGGCAUUCGCCUGGACAGCGCGUCGGCCUACGCCGGCGCCAUCAUCUCGCCGUACUACGACUCCCUGCUGGUCAAGGUGAUCUCGCAUGCCGGCGAUCUGCAGAGUUCCGCUGCCAAAAUGAACCGUGCGCUGCGCGAGUUCCGCAUUCGCGGUGUCAAGACCAACAUACCCUUCCUGCUGAACGUGCUGGAGAACCAGAAGUUCCUGCACGGCGUCCUGGACACCUACUUCAUUGACGAGCAUCCGCAGCUCUUCAAGUUCCGUCCCACCCAGAAUCGUGCACAGAAAUUGCUCAACUACUUGGGUGAAGUGCUGGUCAACGGCCCACAGACACCACUCGCCACCACCCUGAAGCCCGCCGAGGUCAGUCCUCAUGUACCAGCCGUUCCCCUGGAUCUGUCGGCGGAGGCAUUAGAACGUGAAGAGCGUGGCGAGGCCAAAGUUACGGAACCACCUUGCGGUCUUCGUGAUAUUUUGGUGCGCCAGGGCCCGGAGGCCUUUGCGAAGGAGGUUCGCUCCCGCAAGAACCUGAUGCUGAUGGACACCACCUUCCGCGAUGCUCACCAGUCGCUGCUGGCCACGCGUGUGCGCUCCCACGAUCUGCUGAAGAUCUCGCCCUAUGUGGCCCACAAGUUCCACAAUCUCUAUGCGCUGGAGAACUGGGGCGGCGCCACCUUCGAUGUGGCCCUGCGCUUCCUGCACGAGUGCCCCUGGGAGCGUUUGGAGGAGAUGCGCAAGCGCAUCCCGAACAUUCCAUUCCAGAUGCUGUUGCGCGGAGCCAAUGCCGUCGGCUACACCAGCUAUCCGGACAACGUGGUCCACAAGUUCUGCGAACUGGCGGUUCAAACCGGCAUGGACAUCUUCAGAGUGUUCGAUUCCCUCAACUAUCUGCCCAACUUGAUACUCGGCAUGGAGGCUGCUGGCAAGGCAGGCGGCGUGGUCGAGGCGGCCAUUUCCUACACCGGCGAUGUCAGCGAUCCCAAGCGCACCAAGUACGAUCUCAAGUACUACACAAAUCUGGCCGAUGAGCUCGUCAAGGCUGGCACCCAUGUGCUCUGCAUCAAGGAUAUGGCGGGUCUGCUGAAGCCCGAGGCAGCAAGAUUGCUCAUCACUGCCAUUCGUGACAAGCAUCCUGACAUACCAAUCCACAUCCACACCCACGACACCUCCGGAGCUGGAGUGGCCUCCAUGCUGGCCUGUGCACAGGCUGGCGCCGAUGUGGUCGAUGUGGCCGUCGACUCGAUGAGUGGCAUGACCUCACAGCCGAGCAUGGGCGCCGUGGUGGCCUCGCUGCAGGGCACAACUCUGGACACUGGCGUGGAUCUGCGCGAUGUGUCGGAGUACUCGGCCUACUGGGAGCAGACGCGCACCCUGUACGCGCCCUUCGAGUGCACCACGACCAUGCGGUCGGGCAAUGCCGAUGUGUACCUGAACGAGAUCCCCGGCGGUCAGUACACCAACCUGCAGUUCCAGGCCUUCUCUCUGGGUCUGGGCGACUUCUUUGAGGAUGUGAAGAAGGCGUAUCGCGAGGCCAAUUUGCUGUUGGGCGACAUUAUCAAGGUCACGCCCUCCUCCAAGGUGGUGGGUGACUUGGCCCAGUUUAUGGUUCAGAACCACCUCACUGCCGAUCAGGUGCUGGAGCGCGCUGAGGAGCUGUCGUUCCCCAAGUCCGUGGUGGAGUACCUGCAGGGUCUCAUUGGCAUUCCCCAUGGCGGAUUCCCCGAGCCACUGCGCUCCCGCGUACUCAAGGACAUGCCACGCAUCGAGGGACGUCCGGGCGCCGAGCUGGAGCCACUGGACUUUGACAAGCUGAAGCAGGACCUGAAGGAAUCUCACGCUAAUAUCAGUGACCGCGACGUCAUGUCGGCGGCUCUCUAUCCCCAGGUGACCAACGAGUAUCUGUUCUUCCGCGAGAAGUUCGGCCCCGUCGACAAACUGGACACGCGCAUCUUCCUCACCGGACCCAAGGUGGGUGAGGAGUUCGAGGUGACGCUGGAGCGCGGCAAGACGCUGAGUCUGAAGGCCAUGGCCAUGGCCGCCGAUCUCAAGCCGAACGGAGAUCGCGAGGUCUUCUUCGAGAUGAACGGACAGCUGCGCACAGUUCACAUUCUCGACAAGGAGGCGGUCAAGGAAAUCCACGUUCAUCCCAAGGCUAAUAAGGCGGUCAAGAGCGAGGUGGGAGCCCCCAUGCCCGGCACUGUCAUUGACAUUCGCGUCGCCGUCGGCGAUAAGGUUGAGAAGGGUCAGCCCCUGGUUGUGCUCUCCGCCAUGAAGAUGGAGAUGGUUGUCCAGGCACCACAGGCGGGCGUUGUCAAGAAGCUGGAGAUUGCAAACGGCAUGAAGCUCGAGGGCGAUGAUCUGCUGAUGAUCGUCGAGUAAUCUACACCUCUCAUCGCGCCCGAUACAAAGGGCUCAUGUCCAUUGUCCAUUGUCCGUGCUGCCAGCGCACACCUACUGUAACAUUAA